UCCAGGGUUCAGAUGUCAACUCAGCAGCCGCAAAUAUUAUUAAUAGUGGAAUCCAAAUGAUAAGAUGCAGUUCAAAAUUAUUCAUAGACAGACAAACACUCUUCAAAUUUCGAAUCCAUCAGUUGCACUCUCUUAUCACAACGAAGUGCGUUCUUCCUCUAUUGAUAAUAACAAUAAUUGUUGAAGUUGAUGCGGAACUAGUAGACCAAACUCGAUUUUACUCUAAACCAGGAUGAGAUCCAACGUACAAAUUACGAUAUGGAUCAUCACUUUUCUAGCCGCAAGUGCUUUAUCGUACCCCUGGCCAUCGCAGAUGUCUUGCAGUUAUGGACCUAGAGGAUCUCUAACCGCCAUUUGCGUCAACGCGACCGCCAUUUACUUCAAAUUGACGAACUACAGAUUCGACUACAUGGACGAAACGUUGCAAUGUUUAAAUUGCUCCCUGAGAUCGUUGGAACAAGGUACCUUUGAUAUACCAGGCAAUGAAAUUAAAACUCUGGAUAUAAGGAACAGUUCCGUGACCAAAAUUUGGCCUAAGGCUUUCAUCGGAAUGAUCUAUAUGGAACGGUUACUGUUAUCAAACAAUCCUAUAGAAGUUGUGUAUCCCGAAGCUUUCUUAGGUGUGAGGAAAAUUAAAUAUAUAGGCAUGGAAAACACUGUAAACCAUUUAGAACCUUUUGUUUUUAAAGAACUCCAUGUCUUAGAAAUAUUAAUACUAAGCAAAAACAAGCUACAAGAACUUAAACCUGGUACUUUCGAAGGCUUGCACAAUUUAAAAAUACUGGAUUUGAGCUACAACGAGUUAAAGCAUGUUAAAGAUUGUUUUAAUCCAUUAGUAAACCUGAAAGUUUUAAAAUUGAGCCACAAUUCCAUUAGGAAAGUCUACGGUAACGAAUUCAAUGCUCUAAAAACUUUAUUACUACUCAAUUUGGAGUACAAUCAAAUGUUUAAUUUCACCACGAAUAUAUCCGGCGAUAAUACAUUAAGAACUUUGAAUUUGGGCCACAAUUCUUUAAACGCUUUGAGCUUCAAACCAAGCACUUUUGGUAACUUGAAUGCCUUAGAAGAGCUAGAUCUCAGCGAUAACGAAUUUUUUAAUAUUACUGUGAGGUUAUUCCAAGGUUUAUAUAGAUUAAGAAUAUUAAAUUUGAGUAAGAAUAAUAUCACUACUAUUAAUACUGGAAGUUUUGUGGGUUUACCUCAUCUAAGGGUUCUAAACAUUUCUUCAAAUAAGAUCCACGAUUUAAAAGUAACGGGUAGAUUUAGUUUGCCCAGUUUGGCAAUCCUGGACUUAGGUAAAAACGAAAUAGUCGAAUUUGAUUAUAUGAGUCUAAUAUUUAGAACACCAAGACUAAGAUACAUCAUUUUGGAAGACAAUAAACUCUCUUGCAAAUCUAUUAGUCAACUGCAAGUUCUUUUCGAAGAUGAUUCAAUUAGAUUCCUUGUCACAGAGGAUGCAGGUGACUGUCCAAAAUUGAACAAAGAGCAAGCAGCCGAGUUGAUACAGAAGAAUACUGAACAGAUGGAGUAUCGUUUGGUGAAUAACAAUUUGCUAAUUUGGAUGUUUGUACUUAUGACGCUCGUGAUAUUGCUGAUUGGGGUUUUAUUCUAUGUUCAAUUUUUUAUUGUUUUAAGGUUAGGCUCCAGGCCUCGUAUUCGGAUUUUAAGUAAUCUUGGGUUGAGGAGAACUAAUCAACAAGAUGUAUAAUGUUAAUAAAUAAUUAAAUUAGUUUUUUGUAAUAGUGGUUUUUAUUGUAAGGUUGUACACCUCUUAAGUUUUAAAACAUUUUAAGCAUUCUUAAAUAAUAAGAGUCCUAUUAUCAUAUGGUUACUGUUGAUCUGCAGAUGCUAAGCCAUUAUGUUCAUCUGGUAGUAGGUAACUGACUUUCUGCCAAUAUUUAUUUCAACUUUCAGCCAGUUUUGACUCCAUGUCUUUGAAAAUAACUAAUAAAGGUUUGAUACUGGUACCAUUCUUGGUGUAGCUUGUAUAUAGUGGUUAUUUUUGCAUUAACACCGAAACUUUUCGCUAGAAUUUCAAACAAUAUUUUUUCUACUGUUACAGCCUUUUAAUGAAUAUGUAUAUUAAAAAAAUAAGGAAAGGUAAUCAAUAUUGAAUAUAUAAUAACACAAAAACAGACACAUCUUAAUUUAUUUGACCAUUUAUGUUAGUAAAAUUAAUAUUACCAGAUUUGGUUUCGUUUAGUUUAAUACGCCAUCUUCUGGUCCAAUUAAUAAUUUGAUUAACUAAUGUUUGUAGUUUAUUUUCAGCCUCUUCGUGAUUUUACCUAUUGCUAGGAUGGCAGUAUCAUCUGCAAAUGUAGCUAUUGUGUCUUGUUCUAGUUGGGGUAUAUCACAAAACAUAACUGAUACAAAGUGGGUCCCAGGACGCUUCCCUGUGGUACUCCUGCUUUAGUUUCCUUCAAUUCAGAGAAUGCUUCAUCUUGUUUUACUCUAAAGAAUCUAUCUGAAAUGUAUGAAUCCAAUAGCUCUGAGUAUGGCUGUGGAAGUAGCACAUUCAGUUUAUAUUUUAAGCCAUCAUGCCAUAAUUUAUCAAAAGCCUGCGCAACAUCGAGGACGAUAGCUGAACAGACUUCUUUGUUUUUUUAAUGCUUUUUCAAUCGCAUUUGAGAUUCUAUGAACCUGAUCUAUAGUUGAAUGGUUGUCUCUAAAGCUGAACUGGUAAUGUGGAAUUGGUUUCCUUUUUUCAGUCUUUUUAUUAUCUAUGAGAGCCAUUGUUUCUUUUUAGGUCAAACUACAGUAGUGGCACUUACAAAUUCAUAAAGCAAUAAAUAUUAUUAAUUUGACUGUUUUAAUUAUUUAUACCGUAUUCAAUAGGUACCUCAAAAGGUAGCAGAUUGUUAUGUGUGUUCUUUUUUUUUUUUGUUAAAAUUCACUUUUUAUUUAUAUAGUUAUUUAUUAAAUAAGUUUGUAUUUUGCUACGAUGAUAAAUUCAAUGAUAUUAAUAUGAGAGCGUUUGUGUCCUAGUAACGAUAUUGGGACAGAAAAUGUUUUGAAAAAAAUUAAUAUUUUAUAAUGUUUUACUCUCUCAUUGAAUAAAAAUAAAUAUUUUUCUAUUUUUGUAUGUUGAUAAUUGUUUUUGUCUUAAUUAAAGUUUUUCCUGGUUGUUGUUUAGAAUUAUUCGUGGUCACCAUAUCAUAGUAAAUUCUACUAAGUUGUGUAAAAGACUCUGACGCUUAUGUCAUGAUCACAAACAUAAAUAUACACCAUAGAAUCCACACAACCACUUUUUCAUUUUCUGUAAUUGUACCUGUAGCUGUCCCAAGGCAUUUAAGAUGUUUGUUGCGUUAUACCAGAUGGAAAAAAUGUCUACCAAAGGAUUAUUUACGAUUUUCAAUGGAGAAGUAAAAAAGAAUGAACAUCUUCAAAUUGCGUAGGAUGUACUUGCACUCUUACUGUAUCCAGUGCUGUAUUUGCCCUUUUGAUUGAAUAAAAAAUUAACAUUGAAGGUUGUUAUUCUAAAAAUAAAUAAAAACCUUUAUAUAUUA